AUGCGGUUCUUCAACACAGGGAAGGGACUAAGUCUCAGCACUACUUUCAUAGUUGUUAGCAGUAUUCUGGGGGCCGUAGAGGCUAGCCCAACAGCUGAUGUGUACGAUUACAUCGUUGUAGGUAGUGGUCCAGGCGGUGGCCCACUGGCUGUCAACCUCGCCCGAGCUGGUUUCAAGACUCUACUACUUGAGGCUGGCGAUGACGAGAGCGCCGAUAAAAGGACUCAAGCUCUUGCUUUGAUGCAAGUACCCAUCGCCCCAAACCUUGGCUGGUCAUUCUGGGUCCGCCAUUACGAUGACGACGAACAAACCAAGAGGUACCAGCGACUCACCUGGAGGCUUCCCAAUGGAGACUUGUGGGUUGGUCCUGGUAGUUCUGCGCCUGCUGGUGCUGAGAUGCUUGGUGUGCAAUACCCCCGUGGCUCUUCGUUAGGAGGUUCGACUCUGGUGAACGCUGCCUUCACCAUUUUGCCUAGCGAGAGGGACUGGAACGGGAUCGAAGAACUUACUGGCGAUUCCUCGUGGAAUGCUGCACGCAUGAGAGAGAUAUUUGUGAAGACAGAAAAAAACUUAUAUCUCCCAGCCGGAACACCUGGACAUGGAUUCGAUGGAUACCUCCAGAUUAACCAAGGAUAUGGCAGUGUGCAUCUCAAUUCGCCACAAUCAUCAGCAAUGUAUAGGGCUUUGACUGCCGAGGCCGGCCAGAACCCGGAUGAUUUGGAAAAGCUUCUCAACACCGAUCCUAAUCAGCUGAGCCCGGAUAGAGACCAAGUCACUGGUCUCUCUGGAGGAGCUUUCCACGCCAAUGCUACUUGGGGUCGCUAUAGCGUGAGAGAUCGCGUUCUCGACACUCUCCGUGCCGUUGAUAAACGCGGAAAAAAGCGAUACCCGUUAGACCUCAGGCUGAACUCCUACGCAAGCAAAGUGCUUUUUGACAAAUCCGUGAACGGAUCCGUUCCACGAGCCAUCGGUAUUGAAUAUCUCGAAGGCAAGAGUAUCUACCAAGGUGACCUCCGGUACAACGCUUCCAACAAGGCGACGACUAGAAAAGUGUACGCUAAAAAAGAGGUUAUCCUUAGCGGUGGGACAUUCAACACGCCUCAGCUCCUGUUGUUAAGUGGUAUUGGCCCAGCCGCCGAUCUAAAAGCGCUCAACAUUCCAGUAGUCGUGGAUCUUCCUGGUGUUGGUCGCAAUAUGCAAGAUCAUAACGAGAUUGGCACUAUUGCUCACGCUGCUCAAAACAUUAGUCUGGAUGCUGAUCCUGGGUUCCCUCGAUCGCAAUGCUUGUUUGGUGCUCCUAACGAUCCAUGCUAUGAUCUUUGGCAGCAAGGCCAAGGUCCAUACGCAGAGGGAAACACAAUGGGAAGCAUGAUCUUUCUCAAGACAAAUCAUACGAACACUGGAGAACGUGAUAUUGGCAGUUUCUCCGGGCCUUUUGGAACUCGCGGCUUCUGGCCUGCAACCCCAAACCAAGACUUCACAGACCCCCCUAACACUUGGGGCUUCAUGACUGUCCAUAUGCAUGGCAGCAACCACGCUGGAUAUGUUAAGCUACGCUCGGCCGACCCAACAGCUCAACCUGAGAUUAACUUCCGUCACUUCUCUGACGAGGGCGCUGAUCAAGAUAUCAGUGCUAUCAAGGAGUCUAUCGCAUUCUUUCGAAGGGUCUACAAUCGUGUGCCAGCACCCGUUGGUCCUGUAGAACACGUCUGGCCAACAUGCACAGGCACUAUCACCGCUGAGGGUGGCUGCUCAGAUCCUGAAAACGACGAACAGUUUAUUCGGGACAACAACUAUGGCCAUCAUGCCACAAGCACCAGCUCUAUUGGGCCGGAUUCUGACAAGAACGCCGUUCUUGACUCUAAGUUCCGUGUUCGUGGCGUAGAGAGCCUCCGUGUUGUUGAUGCAAGCGCAUUCCCUAAAGCUCCUGGAGCAUUUCCAGUUGUUGCGGUCUUCAUGCUCAGCGAGAAGGCAGCUAUUGACAUUCUUUCUGAACAGUAG